GGCGAUCACGCUAGACCAGCUGCCCCUGUGUGAAUUCACGAAGGGCAACGCGGAGAUGAAGCAUUUCGUGGACGUCAUCUCCGAGCACGACUGCGAGACCCCCAAGGGCGACAUUCGUAGGUGCUUGGGUCGACAGAGCCCCGCCUGCGGCGAGCUCCCAGAGCCUUUCCGCUUGAAGGAUGCGGGCGGCCUCCAGUGCCACAUGUCUCUCUUCGCCAUCCCCCGCGAGGGCGGCAAGUUCACGGCCGUCAAAGUGGUUGAGAUGGUGGAGAAGCAGAGAAAGCACUUCUUGCAUGACCUGUGCAUCGGGUCGCCGCGAAUGGUCAGCUGGAACGAGAUUGGCGGGUCGAACGCCCGCCAUGGCCUCAAGGCUUUCCAGUGCAUGAUCGAAGGGCUAGGUGGCUUCCACGCGCUCGCGUUCGGGUUGGCCCCUUCAUCCAAGGAGAGCGACGUCUACGACGAGGGCGCCAUCGACGCUGGUUUCGACUACAUCUUCGACGAGGGCCCGCGCCACGCCGAGAAGCUGGUCCAUAUGAAAUGGACCGCCAAGAAAACCAGCGACAUUUCGGGCAGUCCAAUUGCUGGGUGGCGCGAUGGGCUGGUGGAGAAGGCGUUUUGCCAGCUCGCGCAGGCCGACGCCAUUGCGACGGCGCAGACGUUCUUCGGCAUGACGAUGGCGGACUACGAGAUGCACGUGGUAGACCUGGGGGCGCGCCUGCUGAAAACGAGGAGGCUGAGGGGCAACUGGUUCCUGGGCAAAGCAGGGGUCGGCAAAUCCCCGUGCGUCAAGUCACUGAUGAUGUGCUUUAGCCGCCAGGCGCGCGUCGACGCGAUGUGGCGCGCCGACGAGGCGCUGAGCGGGUCAGGCCGCGUCUGCUCCGAGAUGGACUUUUUCAGGGGCCGCCUUGGGCAGGUUGACGUCCCCGACAUCUUCGACGAUGGCGACUCCUCCACCCGGCGCCCGAGGGUUCUUAAGGCAUUCGGCGACAUCUCGUCGGAGGAGGCGGUGGCCAUGGCGCGGUGGACUGGGUGUCGGUGGGCGAAGGGGCAGCCGAGGGCGCUGCUCGACAACGAGUGCGACCCGCGCGCAGGGCCCCCCGAGCAACAAGCCGCCAGCGCCAAAUCUGGCGCAGAGACCAUCACGCACGACCAGUUCAUGGCAUUGAUCCGCCCAGCCUGGCCAGUGGACAUGCUGUGCCCAGACCAGAUGGCGGUUCUGAAGCGCAACACUUUCGCCGUGCAGACUGACAGCUGGUUCUACAUUCGGUUUGCGACCGAUGGGGAGGUGCCAGUUUGCAGAUUCCCCGCGCCCGAGAGGAAGACGUGGAUCCGCAAGACGAGCGAGCCCAAGUACGGCGCCAUCCUCGAGGGGAAGGCGGGCGUGCCCGACGGGCACAAGGCUGCGUUGGAGUGGGGGUGUCGCUGGGCGGACCACGUGCUGCGGCAUGGCACCGCGCCUGGCCCGCAGCCCGCCGACCCGAUGUGGGCGAGGGGCGAUGCCCCGCUCGACGUCUGCCAGAUAGCGGACGCCUUCAACGAACCAGAGAAGGUGCGCGAGUUCCUCCGCGCGCCCGCGGCCCCGACGCCAGCCCAGGACACCGCCGCGGCGCGCGGGGUCUGCCCGCCUCGGCGGACAGCGAAGCGGGCGAGGCUCGGCACUCAGGAGCCCCGCGCGGGGUCACCCGAUCCUUUCGCGGGCGGCUUCAAGUGCGACCGCCGCGGGUGCGACAGUGACUACUGCGAGGGCGACGGCGACGAGCCGCCGCGCGGGCCCCCCGCGCGGGAGAUCGAGCGGCUUUGGGGCCCCCACCAGGCUGGCGCCAUCACGCUCGGGGAGUUCAACGCAUUGAAGAAGUCCACGAUCGCGGAGCUUGCGCCCGUGAAGAAGGAGGAGCGCAAGGUCAAGCAGGAGCAGGCGCCCCGCGCGCCGAUCAAGCGGGACCCCGCGGGCGCGCGCAUCAAGGAGGAACCUGGCAAGGUGGCGGGCGCGACCGAGAAGGCGACCGAGCAGGGGGUGAUCGAGGCGAAGCCCGUGGACAAGCAGACGACGCAGCAGCUCUUCCCAGGAAUCGCCCGUUCGUUGAUCAGCGGGUGCUUGAGUUGCGCCCCGCUGGUUCGCGAGCACGGCUGCUCCUCUGGCCACGUGUAG